UUUGCCAGCUCCCAGCUCAAUGCCCACCCCAUCCCCUCUGCGUGGGUGCUGAACCCAUCUCUGCAUUGCAGCUAGCAUGGAGCAGCGAGUGGAGCCACCAGAGCAGAGAUCUGCAGGACCCACCACACACCCACAGCCCAAGGAGGGGACACUGUGGGGGCUCCUCACCAUCCUCUCACUGCUGGCUGGGAUGGCCGCAGGCACUCUGCGAACCCCACACUGCAACAAGACGCUGGAUGCAGCCCCAACGCCACGGAGCAUGGCCACUGCCAGCCCUGCUGUGGAGGAUGCCAUGGAGGUACCACUUGCUGCGGCCUGGAGCCAGCUGUACGGGGACAAUGCGACGACGGGUGGCCCAGGUGCUGCGGAGCUAGCCGAGGACCUGCUGCUGCGUGCCGAGCGCUCGCCACCAGGCACCGGCAAAGCCAAGAAGGGGGCAAGGAAACCUUCUCGGGGAGCCCGCGGGCGCAACUGCCACAUCCGCAACCUGAUGGUGAAGGUGCGAGACCUGGGCCUGGGCUUCAACUCGGACGAGAUCGUGCUCUUCAAGUACUGCAGCGGGUCCUGCCACCGGGCGCGCAGCAACUACGACCUGACGCUGGGCAGCCUGCUGCGGCAGCAGCUCAUCACCCCGGGCCCGCAGGAGCGGGUCCUCAGCCACCCCUGCUGCCGGCCCACUCGCUACGAGGCUGUCUCCUUCAUGGACGUGCAGAACACAUGGCAGACAGUGGAGAAGCUGUCGGCGGCCGAGUGCAGCUGCAUUGGCUGAGAAGGGGGCAUCCAGCUCGGCUCAUGCUCGACGCAGGCUGGCAGACCCCGGGCUGCCAGCAGAUCCUGGCUUGCCGCACACAGUGGCGCUGGCGCUCAGAGGAAGGGUCUAGCAGAUGCCAGUGCCCCCAUUUUGACGUGGCCACGAAGGACUGAGGGGAGAUGGAGCCAUGACGAGGGGUGGGUGGCUGAGCCCCAUCCUGCUCAGUGCCAAGCAGCUGGUGCCAUUGGCUACGUGGGAUCCUGCCCGGCUGCAUCCUGGCUCAGCCCUGGGAGAGGAGCUAGAGGGGGUAUGGAGCAUCCCUGCAGCUUAGAGGGGUCUGCCAGGCCAGCAUCCACCAGCAGCACCCAGCUUGCCUGCACGCUUCCUGGACUGGUGCUCCUGAACCCCUACUGUAGAGGACCUGGGAACAGGCAUCACCCAAUCUUCGGAGUGGGACAGAAAGGCGACAAAACCUCCCUGUCCCCUCGGGCACUCUGGGGGUGACAUGACUGGAGCUGCCCUGCAGGGAGGCAGAAUUCCUGAGGACAGGGGGGUGCAGCAGGGUGGGGGACUGCACCCCCUGUGCUUCAUAGACACCCAUCGGCUCCCGGGGGGCUGCAGGGACCCCCCCACCGUGCUGCAGCACUAAACUAUUUAUUGCUCUAAAUUAUUUAUUUAUUGUUCUCGAGCAGCAGCUCCUAUUUAUGACUUUGGGCCCCCGGGGGCCGGGUGUAAUUUAACCCCAGCGCUGCUGCGAAGCCCUGGGCAGCGCCCCGGCUCCGCGCCCCAACCCCCGUUUUGUUUUCUAUUAUUUGUAAAAUGGGAGGGAUAAACUCUAUUUUUGUACAGCCGCCUUUUCCUGUAGCAAUAAA